UCCCAGUUGUGGAAUUUCCUCUGCAGCUAAAUUUCCCCAGUGCCUGCAUUCCCAUCGUUGGGAGUGCGUUCACACCAGCUUUUAAUAUCUAAAUCGGAUACCUCUCCGGUCUCUUGUUGAAGAUACCAAGGGCACGGUUUGCUGAGUGGUGUACUAGAAAGCCUGGGCUGCAGUAGAGAGUGAACAAUGUCUGCGUGCUGGCUAGUGAGCAAAGACAGAAGGUGCCCGCAAAUAAGAUUGCCGCAUUUAGAAAUGGUGGUGAUAGGGCGAGGCCCUGAGACAGAAAUAACCGACAAGAAGUGUUCACGAAGACAAGUACAGCUUAAAGCGGACUGCAAUAAAGGUUUUGUCAAGGUUAAACAGAUAGGAGUCAAUCCAACCAGCAUCGAUCUGGUGGAUAUUGGCAAGGACCAAGAAAUUAAACUGAAGCCGGGACAAAUCCUCCACAUUGUCAAUAAACUAUAUCCCUAUACUGUACAAUUCCAAGAAGAAACAGGAGUGUUCAUUGAUAGGGAAGCCACAAGACUAAAAAGUGGGAAAAGGAUGCAGGUAGAAUCUGAAAACCGCACAGAGGAGGAAAGUAUGCCGGGAAAACGUGUAAAAACGGUGCAGGAGGACCCACAAGGCUGCAGGUUGGAUUACAAGGUGAAUGAUUGCAAAAGUCUUGCAGCUGUGUCCGAAACAUCUUCUGGCAAAAAGGAAUUUGCUGGGCACUGGAGUCAAGGACUGAAGGCUUCUAUGCAAGACCCAAACAUGCAGGUUUACAAGGACGAAAGGGUUGUCGUUAUAAAAGACAAGUAUCCCAAGGCUCGCUAUCACUGGUUAGUGUUGCCGUGGCAAUCCAUCUCCAGCUUGAAAGCCGUGACCUGGGAGCACCUUGAGCUGCUGGAACACGUGCAUGCCACUGGGGAAAGAAUGGUCCAGCAGUGCCCUGAGAAAGAUGCCCUGAACUUCCGAUUGGGCUACCACGCCAUUCCCAGCAUGAGCCACCUACACCUUCACGUCAUCAGCCAGGAAUUUGAUUCCCCGUGGCUCAAAAACAAGAAGCACUGGAAUUCUUUUACUACAGAAUACUUUAUAGAUUCCCAAGAGGUGAUUGGGAUGAUCAAGAAAAAGGGCAGAGUAACUGUGAACAGCCAGGCCCUCGAAUCCUUAAAGGUGCCUCUGAGAUGCCACGUUUGCAAACAGCAGCAAUCCACCAUCCCGCAGUUAAAGGAACACCUUCGAAAACAUUGGCCGAAAUGACCGGAAGAGUCUGUUUUCUAAUACGUUCAUUAAAAUGCUACCAGUUGUCACAGGAAUUGAAUUCUAUUUUUAACAUGCUAAUUUUUAAGAACAUACCAAAGUCGUCAUCUUUUUUUUUUAAAGUAAACAACGCACCCAGAUGUGAGUAUUUAAAUUGAUCCCCCUGCUGAAGCAUGACAAAUUCUUGAUCGCACAGGUAUUAUGCAGAGGAACACUCUAUGUAAAAGAGCCUUUGUUCAGUGGCAUUAUCUGAUCCUUUGUGCCAAGAGAUGACUGCAUCUAGAUUGGUUGCAUUUGGUAUCCUUAUACAGGAGGGAGAAGUAUCCCUUAAUUUUAUUUCUCCCCCAAGGGAAUUUAACAGCAUCUGGGUGUGGGGAUGGAAGUUAAGUUGUUGGUUCAAUUCCUCCCCCUUGGACUAUGGGCUGAGUUACUCAAAUCUAGUUGCCAAUUAGCAAUAGUGAUUGACCGCCUUUGAAUUUACUGUUCCUGGGAGCUGAAAAACAGUAACUUUAGCAAGGGCAUCUGCUGGCUCAGCGAUUAUUUGAACCCCUGUUCUGUAAAGUCAUAAAUUCCUCAUCAUGGGUGGUCUAAGGAGGCAGUUCCUCACACUUGCCUAUCACCUUUCUUAAGCAGCAUAGCACUGCUUUAGGUCCAUUGUCCAGCUUACAAGCAGAAGUUGUGAUCCACUGUCACCCAUGGGUGGAGUCCAGCCACAACAGAAGGAGGCAUAUGUGCCUUAGGACAGAACUAGAUGAUACGGCAAACUCGGGGACGCCCUGCCAUUUCAUAAGAGUUCCCGAUGGGGAACUUCUUUUGACAUCCCUGCAAGGGCUCAACUCUGGUUGGGACCACUGCAGCGCUGUUAAAAGGAAUUCCCUGGUGGGAACUCUUACAAAAUGGCAGGACAGAUUCAGGACACUGUAGUUUGGCCCUUGUUGGGAUCAAGAAGGAAGGAAGUAGAAGUGAGCCACGUCUAGCUAUUGCAUAUCCGGGGAAGCUUGAGCUGUGUUCCUGCCCCCCAAGACAAUGAUGUGUAAGUAGUCCAUGCUAGUUGGGGCUUCCAUGAGCAUCAAAAUAUGCACAUGUGCCCCUGGAUUAAACCAGUUACUUCAUAGCUGGGGCUGGACCCUGUAUACAUGGUGUGGUUUUCAUGCAUACAGUGGAGGCUUCUGCAAGGGGAAAUGUGGAGUGGGAUUUUGUGCCCUAUCACGGUAUCCUGAUGAGCGUCUCCAGUCAAUAUUUCUUCUGUAUUCUCCUGAGCUAGAACCGGUUUGUCAAAUAAAAGUCUGCUGCAAUUAAGCCUGAUGGUGCUGUUGUCCAGUCGCUAUGGUUUAUGCCGUGACUCCAGCCUUGGAGUUGGCGCUUCUGUCUUUUCCACUAACUUGGCUUCAGCCUUUAAAUUGGAGAGAUGAAUUUGGGCUGGUGGUCCUGAUGUAGUCCA